AAAACCAGCAGCACACAUCUAUAAUGUUUCUGAAACUGAAUAGGGAGCGGUGGCACUGACUCAACUGAUCUAGGGGUCAGUAUUGACACUUUAACAUCCAAAGGUGAGAAUGCAAACAUGCUGGUUGUGGGUGUGACUGGAGUUCAGGUAGGCGUGUGAACAGUGGACAGGAACAAAUGCUUUGGGGAAGAGACAGGGAACAGUAGUGCCCUUUGGAACAGGCAUGACUCAUGCUUGAAGGACUAUCUUUCAUAAGAGAAAGUUCAGAGUACUAUUAAAGGACACCAGAGACAGGCACAAAAAAACUCACCCAGGACCACCAAAGCACUGAUCUCAGCUAUGCCAGAUGCAUGAAGUGGAAUCAAUGCCACCUCCUCAUCACCAUAUUCUCCUCCUCCACUCAGUAGCCAAUCUCCUUCAGCCCUCCACCACAUCACACAUAUAGUCUUUCCCCACAACACCCACACAAACACAGGCACACACAUUCCCUCUUCAUUCUCUCUCUCUCUCUCAUACACACCCUCCUGCCUGGAGAUUUGAAGAUGUGACUAAGGCUGGUUUGUAAUCAGAUGAAAGACGUGUAUAAUCCCGAAACUCCCUCCAUCUUUUUCAUUGCUGGAGUGGGGAUGCUGAAGGAGAGGACAAGGGCCUGGAUGAGUGACGUGUGAUGGAGAGAUCUGUGCUGACGGAUUCUGCUUUUAUAAGGACCUGGACUGACGCUGCUCUCUUGGGAGUCUGGGAUGAACGCAGAGACCAUUGAAGAGAGAGUGGACGGGUAAAGACAGGGCAGAGAGGACAUCAAAGGGAGCUUCAUCUGUAACUUGGACACAAACAGAUAUCCAAUGGCAGAGGUUGGGCACACUGUGUCAUUCCCAUCAGGGGGCACAAUCCCCUCAGACCCUUUCGUCACAGUUGAGUGCAGUUCAGCAGAGGUGAAGCCUGAAGAUGUACCCCUGCAGAGCUCCAAUGAAGCAUCAUACUCCUCAAAAGACCUCAAGGACAGCAGCCAAAUUGAUCAACACGAUACAAGUGGUCACGGUAUUGCUGAGACCCACAUGUCUGACGGUGUGUGUUUACAGUCAAUGAGCGAUCAGAAUAAACACACAUGUAGUUGUUCACUGACAGUGCACAGGGAACAUGUCUUAUCUCCUCACAAGGACCUAAAAGAGCACAGUCUGUUAUCAAUACAGAGAAGCCACUCAGACAGCUUGCAGAUUUUUAAAGAGGCCACAGCUUCUCCUCUCUACUGUGAAACGGGUGUGUCUUUUUGCCAAGGACGAGACCAGGAUGUUUGUGCGCAGUCAUUUCCUUCUUUAGUGUGUAAACAGGCCAUGCCGCUUCAGCAGAGCAAUACGGUGACCACGUCUACCAGAGCAGGAAGUAGUGGAUCGGGCAGCCCAACUCAACCAGCCAAACAUGGCUUCAUUCAGAUCGGUGAAGUCAUUCCAGAGUCCACCUGUCCCAAAUUCAAAGAAGCUGUUUGUUGCAACUCACACUUCCACCCUGGAGCUGUCGAGGACACUUUUGCGGCAUAUUGCCACCCGCAACCAAUUCCUGCUCCGGCGCAGCUGCUUCCACACUUAGUAGGAAUGGAGGAGAGCUACAAGGGCCAAGUAUCAGCAGGCAACCUGCUCGCUCUCCCUCGGCUCAUCUCCUCCGUCAGUGAGACCGGAUUGGACGGUAAGCGACUCCUUCGCUGCUGCAAUCUGGAUUGCUCUUGGCCAGGUCCGUUGCGUCCAGUUGGUGCUCAACAAUGGGUGGAUGAAAAGACCAAGAUGGAAGUGGGGACCAUGACCACAGAAAAAGAACUGAGAGAUGUAGGAGUGCAAGUGGGUCAGGACUCUGAGGAGCAUCCCCAGCACGUGUUCCCAGAAGUGUGCCUGGUUGAAGAGAAGACAAAUGCGAGUGGCAAAGUGACGUCAAAGAGUCAAAAGUCUCCUGUGAGGGAGGUGAAAUGGGAUGCGGAGGGCAUGACCUGGGAGGUGUACGGAGCCUCAGUCGAUCCUGAGGAACUCGGACUCGCGAUUCAGAAACAUCUGGAGGUACAAAUCAAAGAGACUAAGGGAAUAACGGUAAAACUCUCACGCCAGAACACGGCAACAUCCCAAUACAGCUCAGGAUCAACCCAGAGGAGAAAAAAGGGGUUGUUGGGGUUGUUGCGCCGGCCGGGCUGCUGUUCUCGCACCACCGGUGCAGUGGACUAAAGGACCUACAUGACUGAGACCCCAAAUAGACAUUUUAAAUACUCUUGGGUUGACAGCCAAGUAAAGAUUAAAAAUAGGGAUUUUUUUUUAAGCAACAGUACUUUCUUUUUGCCCUUGUAUAACAGAACUGGGUAAUACAUUUCAGAAAAAUCAUGUCUUCCUUUAAUUUUUAAAACCUCACCUAAAUGCUGUAGUAGUUUGCUCAGUAGGUUUAACAACUUUUUAUAAUUUAUAGAAAAAUUGUGGGUUAUUUUAUAAUAGUCAACUGCUCUUUGGUUUUUGUUUUCCAUCAGCAAAUCAUAAUGAUUAUGACUAAAUUCCUGUCUUGCAUUAGUCUAUGUGGAAACAUGUCAACUGAAUGAAGAACUGUUAUUGUUUAAUUCUGUGGAAGCACUAUGAUGGAGGUAAGAGAAUACAGUAGCCUAACUGUAGCGCUGCCUGCUGGUCAAAGCAUGACAGUAAGACAGACGGUAUCACAAAUAUGUGUAAA